ACAGCACUUUUGACGUCAGGAGUAAUCAUUCCAGCCUCUCAUCCGGGUCCUUCUGCUCCGCUCUUUAGUAUUCACUCCGUCCAGCAGAUCAUACAUGUAAACAGGAGCUCCAUCCGUCCGGGUUUUUUUUUACUUUCCUCCUUUCCCUGUCGAUCUUUAACUUCGCUGCCUCGAUGAUGUCCGCGCCGCCGCGGCUCAACAAGUCUCCGUGGUUUUACGCGCGUUAACGGUGGAUGGCUGCGGAAUGGAGAUCGCUUUGGUGAGCUUUGAGAACGGCGGCGCGAAAGGGAGCGGUGGAGGCGGCGGACACAAUGCCGAGGAGAGCUGCCGGAACGCGCUGGAUGUCCCUCAGUUCGUGCAGACUGGACUCGGAGAGGACUACGGAAAGGAGCUGAACACUAAGCAGCAGAACCACCCUCCUCUUCCUCCUCAGCUCCUCCAUCAGCAGCACAGCUCCUGGAAGAUCAACGACAUGAACAACACCUUCGGCUGCAGCGAGAACGCCAUGGAUGCGCUUUUACGCGCGGACCACAGUCCCCAUCUGUUCGAUGAGGACCUGCUGGACCUGGACAUGGACACGGAGAGCAACGAGAGGGUGCUCAUCAACAUUGCGGGGCUCAGGUACGAGACCCAGCUGGGCACCCUGAACCAGUUCCCGGACACCUUGCUUGGAGACCCCACCAAGAGGAUUAAGUACUUUGACCCACUGCGGAACGAGUACUUUUUCGACCGGAACAGACCGAGCUUUGACGGGAUUUUAUAUUUCUAUCAGUCCGGGGGGAAGAUCCGGAGACCCGUGAACGUGUCCAUCGAUGUGUUUGCGGAUGAGAUCCGGUUUUAUCAGCUCGGGGAGGAGGCCAUGGAGAGGUUCAGAGAGGAUGAGGGGUUUAUCAAGGAGGAGGAGAAGCCGCUGCCUCAGAACGAGUUCCAGAAGCAGGUCUGGCUCAUAUUCGAGUACCCGGAGAGCUCCAUGCCCGCGCGGGGCAUUGCCAUCGUCUCCGUUAUUGUCAUCACCAUUUCCAUCAUCACUUUCUGCCUGGAGACCCUUCCAGAGUUCCGGGACGAGAGGGAGCUUCCGGUCACCAGCCGGCCGGACAACAGCACCGCUCCCCGGCCCUCUCUCACCUUCACGGACCCCUUCUUCAUCAUAGAGACCACGUGCGUAAUCUGGUUCACCUUUGAGCUGUUUGUGCGCUUCUUCGCCUGCCCCAGCAAGUCCGAGUUCUCCAAGACGGUGAUGAACAUCAUCGACAUCAUGUCCAUCAUGCCGUACUUCAUCACGGUGUGCACGGAGCUGGCGGAGCAGCAGGGUCAGGAGCACCAGAACGGGCAGCAGGCCAUGUCCCUGGCCAUCCUGCGCGUAAUCCGCCUGGUGCGCGUCUUCCGCAUCUUCAAGCUUUCCAGACACUCCAAGGGUUUGCAGAUUUUGGGGCAAACUCUCAAAGCCAGCAUGCGGGAGCUGGGCUUGCUCAUCUUCUUCCUCUUCAUCGGAGUCAUCCUCUUCUCCAGCGCUGUGUUCUUCGCCGAGGCGGAUGAACCGGAGUCGCACUUCUCCAGUAUCCCAGAUGCGUUCUGGUGGGCCGUUGUUACCAUGACUACGGUGGGUUACGGAGACAUGCGGCCGGUGACAGUAGGGGGAAAGAUCGUGGGUUCGCUGUGUGCCAUCGCCGGUGUCCUCACCAUCGCGCUUCCGGUGCCCGUCAUCGUGUCCAACUUCAACUACUUCUACCACCGGGAGACGGACCAGGACCAGUCCUCGCUGAAGGACGAACCCAACAGCGGCAGGGCGAGUCCAGAACUUAAGCGCAAGGGGAGUAAAUCCUCCACGAAGUCGCAGCAGGACGCGGAGAACGACGCGGGGACUUCCCCUGGGGAGAAGGCGAACAUCAAAGCGAACAGCAGCAUGGACUUCAAGAGAUCACUGUACGCGUUCUGCCUGGACACGCGGGAGACGGACCUGUAGACUCACUUUAAAGAAAUAAUAUAUCAAUAGUUGUUUAGAGUAAUAACCCCCCCCCCACCCCCCCACCCAUUAAUGGGCUCUUAAGUCUUUGCACAUGGAGGAUCAACACAUUUGCAAUCCUGAAAAGUUUUAAGAGCGAUGGGGUUGAUUUAUAAAAAGCACAUUUUAAUCCCCAUCAUCCGCAGAGUGGAGGAGAAAAAACUGAGGAAGGAACUGCUGUCAGAGCAUGUGAUGCAACGGGUCCCUUUAAAAAACACACCUCACUCUGAGGAGGGUUCAGCUGCAGAUAAUCGAGAGGAUUAACACACACUCCUGUACAUAAAGUUCAGCAGAGCAACUAAAAGAAUUAAAAAGCCAAAUGUUAUUUUUCGUACCCUUCACUUAGUCAUGAUGUUUACGCUGGGAGCAGCAGAUGUACAUAUCGUCCCAAAAAGCCUCGCAUUUAUGAAUUGGAUUAUGGUGUUAUCGUAGAGAAGUCUAUUUUUGAGACCUGUUUUUCCUCCACUCAGGUUCUGGGACAGAAUAUCUCUUUAGUUUUUAAUAACGAGGCUCUCAGAGGACCGGAAACAGAAGCUUUUUAGCCUUGUUUAUGAUUUUUAAACUGAAGAACAUUUAGAAAACAAACACAAAGGACAUCGAGUGGAAGUACACUGCUGAGCGAAAGACCAGAGACGAGGACAGAGCAGAGACUGUCUGGAGAGACCGAGCCACACAGACACCAGAGAGUCGACGCCCUGCCCUCCGAUCAUCAGGAGAGUCGAUCCACCCGGAGGACCCCCCCCACCCCAGCCCCACAAACACAGGAAACUGCUGCUGCACUUCAAAAAAUCAGCACCUCCCCUUUUUCUGGAAAAUCUGUGCCUUCAACCAAAAAAUUCACCAGUGAUACUUCUGAAGCUUUUUUAGUUGUUUCUUUGGAGCAGAGGAUUUAUCUGCCUGAUGUAGGAGGGCCUGGGAUCCCAUCGUCUCUCUGGAAGUAAAACAAAAUAAUAUAAAAACAACCUAUCCAGGAAAUGCAAAUCAUUUUGACGUCCUAACGUGUUCUUUUUUUGUUUGUUUUUCUACAAAUUGUGUCAGUGAUUUCCUUCAUAUCGGAAGAAAAUCCCUCGCUGUGCAAUAUCCGUCCAUAUCUCUGUGAAGGUGUCGUGUGACUCUGGACGAACUUUUUGGUUUUAUUUUUGUAAACAAUGCUUUUCCUGAUUUCUAUUUUUCUAAAAUGCUGAAAGACACACGGAGCGGAUGGAUGGAUAUUAAUAUUUAAAUAAAAAAAAGAUCAUCUGAACACGUUUUAAGGGAGAGACGAUGUUUGGGUUGAAUAUUUGUCCGAGUUUAGUUUUUCCUCGACUGCACCCCCUCCAGCUCUAACCCAGAGCCAAAGCCAUAGCCUAUCUCAGAUAAAAGAAACACAAAUCAGUGUCCCGAACACAGCGCGAUGCAUUCAGGGUCCCACAGACGGACUCCACGGGCUCCUGGAAGCUGUUGGAUUUUGCGAGUGACGUUUUGAUUUCUACCGUAUGUUCAGGGGCUUGAAUCUAAAGUAUUUAGUAUUUCUCUACCUUUGUGUGGCCUGUUCUUCUUCUUGCUGUUAUUUUGUACUUUCUCCUACAUAUCAACCAAGAAACUAUAAGUGGCAUGAGUAUGUGUGUGUCAGUGAGAACAAUGAAUGAGUGUGUUUGGCAGAAUGGGAGGUGAAAUAUUGUAAAUUCUCAAAUAAAACCAGAACUACGAGGGCAUUUGAAAGGCUGUUGCCAAAAGGUGUAAAAUGGAGUGUGUAUCCGCCUCGUGAUUCGGAUCUUCUCCAAAUGUUCACAGGUUCUUCUUUAGCCAAUGUUACAUCCUUCCAUCAAUUUUCAUGAAAAUCAGGUCUUUCAUUUUUCUGUAAUGCUGUGAAUUCUCAAAUAAAACCAGGAUGUUGGCCAAGCUUCCGCAAAGGCCGUUGCCAUAAAGUGUACAUUGGAGUGUGUAUCCGCCUCGUGAUUCGGAUCUUCUCCAAAUUUCCCCAAGUUCGUACUAAGCCAAUUUUACAUUGUUGCACCAGUUUUCAUGAAAAUCGGACCGUUGGUUUUCUGUAAUCCUGCUGAUGAACUAAACCAAAAACACGACCUCCUUGGCCGACUGAGAUCAGUUUGAAGUCGAUCGUUUGAGGUUUUUAAAUCCAAAUUGAAAGAUGUAGUGCUCUUUUGUAUGUUUAAACCCUUACAUGACCAACUCUGCAAACAUUAAAAGAUCUUUCGCAAAUCAAAUAUCUUUAAUAUACCAUUCAUCCCGCAUGAUUAGGAGAAUGCAGCUUUAGCCCCUUAGAUGUGUGCCUUGUUAGCUAAGUUAUGUCGCUGUUAGCUUAGCUACCCGUAGAUUUGGUGUACUAAUGUUAGCUGUCGUUCACAAACCACGGAGAAUCUAACUUACUUCUUAAGAUAAUGUGAAGCCAAUGUAAGAACAAAGACUGAUCAAAAAUCUAAAUAAAGAACAGUUUGUAAUAUUCCUGUAUCGCAUUAUGCUGGAAAAUCUAAAUACUAAAAGUAAAUAAAAGUCUUUCAAAAGAAGUGACGGGGUAAAGAGUACGAUGAACCGCUGUGAGGCUUUUAUUGUGAAAAAAGAGGACGUUAACACUGAGUAAAACAUACUUUAAAAAAGUCAAAUUCCUGUGAAUGUUUCACAAUAGAAGUCUCCCAAAGGUAGUGAAGGUAUUAUACUACUAUUGUAAUGCUUUUAAAACAGAUCAGGAACAAUGGAUCUGAUCAAAUGCACACAAGUAUUUAUUCAAACUAGUUUUUCUACUUUAGUCUGGAGCCGCUGUUUGAGAAUUUACAGUACUUCCUGUUUUAUUGUUUCAACCCUGUUUUCCAGAGUUGUGAAAAGUGUUCUGUGUUUCCUCGAAGCUGCUAUCCCUGUACUGUGUAGACCGGAGAAGUCCAGCCUUAUCCCUGAAGUCCUACAAACUCCCUCUGUUAGCUGUCCAUACCUCACACCAACACACUUUAUUAUUAUCAGCUGAAUAAUAAUUAUUAAAAUGCAUCUGUGGUUCAGUUUGUGCCUUCAAGGGAAUCAUCGUUUUACUUUUGAGAAGUUUUCAUUCAAAAGAUUCUGUUGUGUUCAGGAGAAGUACAUUUGUUUAAGAUGCAUGUCUGUUUCUUUCUUUGUGUUUGUUUAACAUUGUGUAUUCAUCCAUGAGUGAGGAUUGAAGAGAUCAUAUUUAUUAUGUGGCAUCAGAUGUUUGGGACCCAAUAUCAGGAAUAUCUUUCAUCAAAAGUCUCUGCGCACAUCAACACCUCACACGGUUCUCCUGGUUCCAUAUUAUUCUCCAGAUAAUCACAAUAGCUCAAAGACAGAUGUCUCUUACCUUCCCCUGAGGAAGAUCCUUUGUGCUUUUAUUGUUCGAUGGCAGAAUACAAGAAGGAUUUCAUUUGAGAUAACAUUGAUUUUUUUUCUAACUCUGGUUAAUUUUCAUAUGGUUUUCUAACGUGUUUCCUCCAAAAUGCAUCAUAAUCCUAUGAUAAUCCAACCCUCACCCAAACCCAUUACCACAUAAAUACUUGAGAGAGAAAUGUUGGAGUCAUUUGCAGCAACACACUUUUGAAGUAUGAACAAUAAUAAUAUCUACUAAAUAUAAUUAGCAAAGAAUUAUUAUGUACUAUGAUAAGUUAGGCUCCCCAGCAGUACUGUAUAUAAAGUGAUCAACACGAGCUCGGUUUUCAGAGGCUCAGAAACUUGUUGUUGAAUCAGCAGGAGAGCUAGUUAACGUUAGCUGUUAGCUGUAAGUUAUUAGCAGUCGGUAAACGAGGUUCCAUAGUAUUGGUCGGAGUUCAAGCUCUAUUCAGUAAAAAUGAAUAUUUAUCUAAGGUAGCAUAAAACAUUUAUAUUAGUAUGCGUCUUGUCGAACAUAUCUUUUUUAAGAAACUUGAAUAAAUACAGUUUUAUAGAAAUUGCGACCUGGUAAAGUUGCUCACAAAACCAGUCUGCUAACGGUAACUACAGAGUGUAUGUUGAAGUAUUUUUCAUUUGUUUAUAGCGUAAUAUUCAUUGAUGAAAACACAGUUAUUUAUAUUUAUAAAAUGCACAAAAUGUAAAACCUGAGAUCCCGUCAGAGGCACAAACUGGAUCUUACCAAUCUUUCUUGUUUCAAUCAAAUCAAACAUUUUGCAGCAUUUUUUAACAUUUCUUGAAAGCGACUGAUUCUAGGCGUUCCUGCAAAGUAUUUAUUAUUAUUUAUAUUUUUUUGUAAUGCAUGGUUUUGAUUGCACACCGCCCUUCGUUCAUAUCCACCCGGGGGUGUUGUGUCCUGCCAACAUGUAGUGGAGGUAGUUUCCUUUCUGUGUGGAGUCCGUAUAGACUUUGCUGCCUGUUGCGUGUGAAAUACCCGUGAAGCUGCCUCCGUCCACAUCAAGUACCUUUAUACCAACACCGAUCCCCAAAACAAAACGCUGCCAAAUUGGUCUGAAUAAGCCAAAAGUUUUUUCUGACGUUCUCUGUGUAUAAGUGGUUUAAGUGUAUCACAUGUUAAACCUCAUCCCGUUUAAUGUUACAUUGUGUUUUUAACAAAAAAGAAUCCUGUUUGUUAAACUGUUGAUAAUAUAUGCAGAAGAGUUAUGAAAUAAACUGAAACAAACUCA